AUGGAAUAUCUCAACCAGAUGAAGAACCGCCGGCGCUCGUCGCAGGUCUUACAGGCACCCAAACCUGUCUUGACAGAGGAGGAGGAAGCCUUCCUGCGAGAAGUCACUUCGUCGGAAAAUGGUGCCAGCUCUGUCGCAAAAACACCAUUACCAGGAGCUGAAGUUCCCCCAGAGAGCUCGCCACCGUUUGUGUUGAAUGAGGGUGCUGACCAGGUCCCUCUUCCUACUUCGCCAGCUGAGGAGUUCGGAAAGGAGCUAGGAGAGCAAGGGCGAAGGGCAAGCCAACUUUCUGGUAGUCCUGUUACCAAAGAGCCAACGAAUUUAAAGACAGACGACGAGGCCAUUCCAGUGGAUUCAGCGGCCCCGGCGGUCUCAGACAAAAAAAAGAAAAGAUGGAGUACCAUGUUUUGGAAGAAGAACGGCGACUCCAAGAAGAACAAAGACAAAGAUUCGAGCAAAGAAGACCCUUCACGAUCUCAAACCUCCGUUCCUCCAUCGACGGCAGCACCGACGGCAGAUAAUGAACAGGAUGCUCAGAAGGACCAGGAAGACAUGACAGACAUUCUGGAGCGAUUGAAUCUCGCAGCAGAUAAUAAUCGCGUCUUUUCCAUUAGCGACGACACACAGGAACUGCUUCGCAAGUUCAAAUUGAUCUUCAAGGACCUGAUCAACGGUGUCCCCACGGCCUACCGCGACUUGGAGAUGCUCUUGACAAAUGGCAAUCGCCAAUUGCAAGACACAUAUACCAAGCUGCCAGGCUUCCUUCAAAAGCUCAUUGAGAAACUGCCUGAAAAGUGGACUGAGACUCUGGCACCAGAGAUGAUUGCUGUAGCUAGCGAACGAGCCACUCAGAGUGGGGUCAAUAUGGAGAAUGUUGGCAAAGCCGCCGCUGCAGCCGAGAAGAUGGGAGUCAACAUCCCUAGCUUGAAGGAACUGGUUUCAAAGCCUGCUGCCAUUGUGGGGAUGCUACGGUCGAUUAUGGCGUUUUUGAGGGCACGUUUCCCGGCCGUGCUAGGAAUGAACGUCCUUUGGUCACUGGCUCUGUUUAUUCUCCUAUUUGUCCUAUGGUAUUGCCAUAAACGUGGACGCGAGGUCCGCCUGGAGAAUGAACGACUGGUCACCGAAGAGGAGAUAAAUCGACUGAAUGAGAAUACCACUGAAGGCAAGAUUCGUCCCACUGAGACAUUUACAACUACGGCACCUCAGGGAGCCUCGGCGGAGGAGAUUCGAGAAGGUGUGAGGAAGGUGGAGCAAGCCCGGGCAUCUUCGGCGUUGGAAGCUGCAAGUUCGGAGCCUCUGAGCCCCAAGGAGGAGACAGAGACCACACCCUCCUUUGCGCCCCCUACUCGAAGCAAGUCGCGCCUGUCUAUCUUUGGCCGAUCAAAGAGUAUCCCGGGGCCCUCGUCUCCCGACAUUGCUCCUUAUCCAGGGACUUGA